UACUUAUAUGCUCUCUCCUAUUUUCUGUUUCAUACCUCCCACUAACAGUAAAUGAAAGUUGGUCUCUUCCUCUGCAUGCUGAGGUGAUUAUUGUCUCCGUUUGCAUAAACACAACAAUGAAGAUCCUGAUUCUGUCAUUCGUUCACUGUGCCUUGUUGGCUUCAGGCAAAGCUGUUGUUCUUCCUAAAGCAGACGCUCUGCAGGGCUUGAAAUGGACUAACGCAGCAGCAAUAAACAACCCAGUCAAUAGUUCAAGUCCUUGCUCUUCCGGCUGGUCUGAGUUUAACGGACGCUGCUUCCGCUUCUUUCCUGUACCGAUGAGUUGGGCUUCAGCUCAGAGAAACUGUGUGUCCUUGCAGGCCAGUCUUGCAUCCAUCCAUAAUAUUGAUGAGUAUCAUGAGAUUCAAAGGUUGAUAAAAGCUUCAACUAAUGAGCUUGUAAGAACCUGGAUUGGAGGCUCUGAUGCACAAGAGGAAGGCACCUGGUUGUGGAGUGAUGGAAGUCCAUUUCACUACACAAACUGGUGUGCUGGAGAGCCCAAUAAUGGUGCUACCGAUCCCAGAGGCGUUCAGCAAUGUUUACAAAUGAAUGAUAAACCUGAAAAAUGCUGGGAUGACUUGUGGUGUAACUUUGCUCUACCAUUUGUCUGCGCCAAGAAAAUCUGCCCCUGUGCUCACUGAAAGGCCUGAUAAAAACCAAACUGCAAAAGUAGCAGAAGUUACAAAUUAGCCACAGGAAAUAUUCUACUGUUUUGUCUAGAAGACAAAAAUUUAUGCAAACUACUAAACCCAGGGUUAGUGGAAUUUUAGAAAGUAGCUUCUCUCUAACACCUGAAUGUAAUGACUGUCAACUCAAACUGUGAUUAGAUUCCUGUGUGAUUUGUAUUCUUCCCUACAGCUAAAGGUUUGCUGUUUGUCUAUAUUCUACCUGAAGAGCUGCAUUGCUGCUGAAUAAUAUAAUAAUUCAGGUGAGAGACUGUGAUGUGAAUCCUCUCAGUGGUAACCCUGGAAUGAAGAAUAGUAACUUUGUCUUCUAGUUAAGACGGUACAAACUGGACAAACUGAGUGGUUGUUUUUCUGUCUACUUCCUGUCCUCAUUCCUGAAAGAAAUAAAGUGAUAAAAGUGCCCAA